AUGGAUUCCGCGCCAGGGGGUCCCUCCGGCAGCGGCCGGGAGACCCCCGGAAGCGGCCGGCAGAGCCCCGGCACGGGGCGGCGGCGAUGGGGGGCCGCUGUGGGAAAAGUGGAAUCCAUGCUGGCGGUUUCCACGGCACUGGAUUUGUAUGCAGUUCAGCGGCAGAGGCGCGCGCUGCGGGACACCGACCCCUGGGUGAUCGUGGAGAAAGUGCGCGGGCUGUGCCAGAGGCGUCCUCCUCGGCCGCUGUCAGUGGUCCAGGACCUGGUGAUCCACGCGGGCUUCCUCUGCGGGUUCAUCCGUGAACAGCCGCUUGAGGCACAGUUCCGACUCUGCCAGGUGGUGCAGUUUGAGGACGUGGGGCGGGGGAAACUAGUCUGCCGGCAAGGGGAGCCGGGGGACCGCUUCUACAUGAUCAUCCACGGCUGCGUGAGCGUCCAGUCGCUGACCGCAAAGCGUCAAGUGCGCAACCUGGGCAAUCUAGGCCGGGGGGACUAUUUCGGCGACAUCGCGCUGAUUAAUGGGCAGGCGCGGCAGGCCACGUGCAUCACCCGGUCGGACACGUGUCUCCUGACCGUUGGCAAGGAAGAUUUUCUGGAGCUGUACAAGAACCGCUUCAGCGUGCGAUGCGUGCAAGCCAUCAAGUUCCUCCGCAAGCAGGUCCGUCCGUUCUUCAGCAUCAGCGAGCCCAACUUGCGGCUGUUCGCGCACUACCUGUGCCUGCUGUGCUUCAACCCGGGCACCACGUGGAACGUGGACGACGAGGGCACCGUCUACUUUGUGCGCGCGGGAGAAGCGGAGCUGCUCAUCCCGCUGCCGCGCGAGGACGCGCGCUUCAAAAUCGAGGGGCCGUACAUCAGCGUUACCCGUUUCAAGGAGGGCGACUACUUCGGCGAGAGCAGCGUGUUCCCGGAGGACCGCUGUGGCUGGCUGGUGCGCGCGGUAACGCCGAUGCAGCUGUUCUCGGUCCGCGGGAAGGACUUCCUGAAACAUGCGGACCCCACCGUCAUCUCCAUGAUCCGCGCCGAGUCGUCGUUCCGAGUCGGCUACUACGCCGGCCGCCACUCUCAGCCGACGCCGCAGUUGGCCGAACGCCCGUCGACGUCACAGCUCCGGCUCGCGGACGCGCAGCGGCGCCGGAGCCGCCGGAGCACGCCGCCUCCGGACGGAACGGAAAAGGUUGCGGACGGAAUGAAGAGAUUACCGGGCGAGGACGGGACGCAGAAGGCGUCCGACGGAAUGCAGAAGGCGUCCAACGGAACUUUGAAAGCGUCCGAAGGAACGCAGAAGGAUGGGAAGCUGCAGCCGCAGAGCCCAGAGAAGAGCGGCGUGCAAGACAGGGGGUUAGCCGGGGGUUUAACGGAUCGGGUCAAGUCGGUCACGAGUCUUUCGAAGGGGAAUGUGACUGCGCUCGGGAAUCGCGAGAAGAGGUCAACCAGCGAAGGCCCGCCAACGGCAGCAGGGCCUACUUUCAACCGCCCAAAAAGGAGCGACAAGAAGCCGGAGACGUCAGGAUUUGGCGGGAAUUUUGGCGAGGCAGGCGCCCGCGUGCCAUCGGCCGCGUCAGUGUCCGGCUCGACGAGGGGCGCAAAGAGUUUGGGUGAUCGGGUUGUGGGCGCCGAAAGCAAUGGCGGCGGCGCGUCGCGCGGCACGUCGCGCAAUGAAACGAAGGCCGCGAGCGCACGCGGAGAGACUGAGCCGGACGCGCACGGGAAACGGAACGGUAGCAGCACGCGCGCGAGCGCGAGCGGGGAAGGCGCGCCCGCGGGCGCGCUGCAGGGGCGGGUACGCGGCGACAAGCGCCCCGGGCCGAGCGCCAUGAAGUCGCCGCUGGGGAGCCGCCCCGCGGCCGCGGAGCGACAUCGGCAGGGUUCGCGCGCACGAACCGGGGGGUUGAAGGUUUUGGAUCAUCUGCCGGAGCCGUCGCGUCGGGAAACACCCCUCGGGAGAGCGCUCUCCGAGGACUUUUCCCGGCGGCCACGCGAACAGUAUGAAGAAACUGGCGGCAUUUCUGGGCGAUCGGACAAAGGGACGAGACUUCUGCACAAUAGUGGGCCGCCUGGAGAGGGGGGCACGUUGCCUCGGGGGAAUGACGUCAGCGGUCCUCAUGCCAGGUGGAAGGACGAAGCAACGGAGGAGAUGAGAGAGGAAGUUGCAUCGGGCGACGAACGGGGGCCGCGGUCCCAGGCAGGGUCGCCGGACGGCGCGCCCCGGGCCAGCGGCCGGCGAAGCAGACGGCGCGCGCGGUGGCGAGUGCGCGCGCGCAGCGCGCUCUCCUCGGUGGAAGUCUCGCUGGAGACGGCCCGGCGCAUGCGCGAGCAGGAGCUGCCCAAGGAUUUACAGUUUCGCGGAACGCCCGCUCAGAACGGAGCCGGAAGAAGGGGCGGUUUGGGAGAAGCGGAGCGGAAACGAGAGGAGAAGGCGCGCGGCGCGCCAUCGGUGAGAUGGGAGAAAGAGGUAGAUUCGGACGGAGAGAAGGACACUUCGGUUGGACGGUCGGUCGCGGCCGCGGACGCGGAGGUGUCACGGCGGAUCGCACCAAAAGUUGUAGAAAUGAUGACGUCACUAAAGCGAGUUGAAGGCCAGCAGGGGCGAACCUUGGACGGCGGUGCAAUUCUGAGCCCCGCGACAACUGAAGAAGCGAAGGCAGCGAAGGCGUCGCGCCUCGCGCAAGUGUACGGACCGCGGAUGCCCGGUCGGCGCCGAUCUAGUUCGUCCGCGGCAGCGGUGCGGGCGGACGAGAGCGCGGUCCCCGGAGUAGGGCAAAACGUGAAGAGCCGUGCUCAGAGCGUUUCGGUGCCUAAGGGCCAGAAACUGGCCAUGUCACCAGGUAGCCUGUCCUCCCAGCUUCGAAAGCAAUUGCACUCUUUGCCGCUGCUACAUUCGCCCCCCGGAAGCCCCGACCAUGCCCGGGGGACGUUCGAGGCGACGGAGAGGUUUGCGGGAUCCCCCAAGGAGGACUUCCCCGUCCUUCCUCCCGUGGAUCUGUCGGACCUCCCCCCGGUAGAUCUCUCCGACCUUCCGACGCCGUCCGAGAUCGUCCGGAUGGAGUUGGGACCGGAGGAGAAGCGGUCCCUGGAUUUGGUGCCACUGCCGUUGGACGCGCUGACGUUACCGUGGCAGGCGUACACCAUUCCGGUGGCGAGCAGUAAACGGUGGGAUGGCUUGCAGACUGAAAUGAAGAGGAAGGAAAAAGCGAAGGCGGCAAAGCUGCGGCGGAGGACGGGUUUGACAGAGCAGCAGUUGAAACAGUCGGAGCUACAGGCGGUGGCGCAUCUAAGAAAUCGCACUGUAGAUCUGGUCGGAGGAAGAGAUUUGGUGUCGUAA